CGGAAUAAUGCAUGGGUGGAAAUCGCAGAGACGCUAGAUUCCUCUCCAGAACACGUGAAGACACGGUGGAAAACCCUGCGGGACCGUUUCAAGAAAGAGGAGAAAAAAGAGAAAAUGACUGGAAAGCCGGCCACAUGGGUGUUCCAGAAGCCACUACGGUUUAUACAAACAGUGCCUAAAGAGCUGCGAACCUCUGAUGAUGGCACUAUCAAGGAUGAAGAUAACGGACAUAUCUCUCCUAUGGAAACGGCCAUCUCCUUCAUCAAGCAGGAGAUGAACAGAGCUGCAGAAGCGGCAGCAGAACCAUCGACUAGUGACGUUGUCGCCAACUCGCCGUCGUUGACGCCACUCUCCAAUCAGGAUCCCUGCGAACUGCCUCCACCAGAGAAGCGAGCCCGAUAUAGCCUUACAGAGCAGAUGCUCCCAAUACCUCCCACACGAUUUCUUGCUCCGCCCAUAUGGCAACGAGUUGAGGAUGAAGAAGAGGAGAUGUUUGGACAUUUAGUGGCGCUUCGACUCUCAAAACUCAGCACGAAAGCACGAGAACUGGCCAAGAUGCGGGUCUUGCAAGUGUUAUUCGAUGUGCAGUUUGGCGCUGGCGCUAAUCCCUCAUCAUGA